AUGCCUGCGCCCUCGCCGCUCCCAACCUACCUCUACAAGAUCCUCCCCGCCGCCCCGCCCUCACCUCUCCCCGCGCGUCUUCCGCUCUCAGACCUCGACCGCAACGACGGCUACAUCCACCUGUCGACAUCUGAACAAGUGCCUGGCACCGCAGACAAGUUCUUCGGCAGCGUCUCGGAGCUGUGGCUGCUGAAGAUCAAGUACGAGGUGCUGGCUGCGGGGACCGAUGGGGAUGGCGACGUGAAGAGCGAGGACAAGGCUGAAGUCAAAUGGGAAGAGGUGGGACGCGGGUGCUUUGCGCACCUUUAUGGCGGUGAUUUGGGCAAGGGUAAUGUAGAGAGUGUGGUGAAGGCUGAGAAGAAAGGGAGCUGGUUUGAGAGCUUGAGCUUGGAGUGGUGA